AUGCCUGAGAAUGCGGGCUUUUCAACAUCGGAUAUUGUGGAUGAGGAAUUGGGAGAACACAGUGGAAUGGAAGAAAGAAGAAGAAAAAGGGAAGAAGAAGAUGGGGAAAUUGUGAGAGAACGGGAAGAGAUAAGGAUAAAGUUUAUGGAAGAAAACACUCAAACCGAUCAGGGAAACGUUCGAUCGAUGAAUUCACCGAUUUCACCGCAAAAUGACCCUGACGACGACGAGGGUGGGGAUUAUUGUUGUUGCGCGUGUUGCAGUUGGACAAAAAUGUGUGAGACGCUGGGAAAUCGACAGGGGAAAUUCAUUUCGACGCUUAGACCGCUGAGGGCACCGCUCGUUUAUGCCCUUCAAGCAUUGAAACGACUCGAAUUGGAGUUGGAAAGAUCGAUAAAAUCAAAAGAUUCGGCUGAGGAUACUUCACAAAAAGUGACAAAUGUCAUUGAGGCGAUCAAUGAAUUGACCACUCACACAAAGUUGAACAUCCCACCCGAAGAGAAUCAAAUGUUACGAGCGGUGGCGAACGAACUUGUGAUAUUGCAAAGAGUCAUCGAUGAGGUGGCCUACACUCUCCGCAACUCACCAUCGCGAAAGCUCAGCUCACCGCCGGUUAUGCAAGCCGGCAAAGAGAUGAAAGUCGAGAAAAACACAAAUACACUCAGUAAAAAGGAUCAAAAACCGACGGGCGGUCUUCUUUCAUUCAAGCCAAACGGGACUCCGCCAGUGAUCACUCCAUUGUCCGAGAAUAAAGAUAUUGAGAAACCGCCCACGGUGGAUGUUGCCUCAUCGACUCCGAUCGCUCCAGUGGGUGUUUUAUCUCAAUCGCCCCUUGGCGGAUACUCGAUCAAGACUGGUCCUUUACUUGAUUACACCAGCCCGGACAUUGAUGCGAAUUUAGUGACCACUGUCACGCGCACGUAUGAUGAGCACUCGUUGAAAGAGCGAAUCUCGCGUAACUGCGAUCGAAUUGAGAAUCUCAUCUGUUUCAUCGAUCAAAAAUGUCAGCGGAGAUGGUGGUUGAAGGACAUGAUCAAUUUCUUUCAGCUUUUCAUCAAAUUGGCGCUUUUCGUAUCGGCUUCUGUUUCCGUUGUCUAUCAUCAAGAUAUCACUCCGUCAAUUGUUACAUUGAUUAUCGCCGUUUUACAGGGAGUCAUCGAGCUGCUCGAUCAAUAUUUCAUCAAGAACAAAAAGCCGGAGGAUGUGAAGCUUUCGGUGUUUACUGGAACCGCUAAAAGUACCACAACAUCAUUUUCUUAC